AGCCCGACCGCGGGUGGGGGGCGGGUGAGGUUCUGACCCGCGCGCCCCUGCCCCGCUGCCGCAUUUCGGGGCCCUCCAGGUGGAGGGGAGGGCCCCGCGCAGUCGCCACCCACGUGCCCUGGACCCCAGGUCGCCGCCCCUCUUGGUCCACUGCUAUGCGUUGGUUUUCCGUCCCCCGCUGCCGAGUAGGGUUUCACAGCUCUGUUUUUCAUUUCCUAGGAUAUUGAAAAAGUUAGGACAGAUUUCCUUUGGAGUAGGCUUUAUUGUUGUUAAGAAAUAUCUCCCAGGAAUUCAGACCUGGAAUCGGAAAUCCGAACCAAGCCGCGUUGUAUGAGACAACUUGCACUUUCGGAAGCAGGAUUUGUCCCGUUUAACCAACGGUAUUAUAGAAACAAACUGAAGGCCAAUGACCUUACAUUCUAGCCUUUGGUAAUGGACAUCUUAACAAAUACGCCCGACUACUCCUCCCCGGAACGGACUUGUCAGGACCACCUUGGUAUCUCCUUUUCCCGGAGUUGAGGGCUCAAUCUGGUGUGGGGCCUGGCCCCCUCGCAGUUGCCAGCCAGCCAGCCAGCCAGCUCGCCUAGGGAACAGCUAUGAGUAUGCAGGCCGGGUGUGCGUGCAGGCCGGGUGUGCGUGCAUGUUCUGCAGGAGCCGUGAGCGUCUGAGCAGCCUGUUCAGCGUUGGUUUUUAUGUUUUCAGACCCUGGCAGCAGGCAUGCGGACCGCCGCUAUCCACACGGGCUCAGCACUGUCUCUGCUUGCAGUUGUGUGGAUCUAAGUAUUUUAGAACAUGCUCGAGAGAUGCAGGUCCUUGAAGUUGACACGGUGACUUCUGUUACACCGUCUAGCACCGUAGCACCCACCACAGCGGGAUCGAGUGUCCCAACCCCGAGCGCCGCACUGGGGGACAGCCACGAGCAUCUGUUUGAGAAUCUAGUAGAGAGUGACGAGGGGGAGAGCCCAGGGAGCAGCCACAGGCCUCUUACUGAGGAAGAGAUUGUCGACCUAAGAGAGAGGCGCUACGACUCUAUUGCUGAAAAGCAGAAAGAUCUCGAUGAGAGAAUUCAAAAAGAGGGUGAGAUGCAGCAGAUCCCACUAGGCAGCCCUGUGCUCCGCGCAUGGUGGCUGUCCUGGACCGUUCGCGAGAUGGAGUUGAGACCGUGCACCGGGCUGCACAGAAAGGGGACCCCUGGACUUCAGCUCGCUCGGGGACCGUGCUGCGACCGCCUUACUGAAGAUACAGGACUGUUAGCCUCUCAGGAGGAGGAGCUAAGACUAGAAGAGGAGGCCUCCUACGCUGCGCAGCGUGCGGCGGCCAGGGCCGCGAAGCAGCGAAAGCGCGCGGAGCAAGAGAGGCGGAGAGCUGUGCAGCAGAGCCACCCUGCCAGCAGCGGGGCCUGGCCGAGUUCAGGACCAGAAGAUGACUUCGAAUCUUGUUUGAGAAACGUAAAAUCACAAUACGAGGUUUUUCGAAGUAGUAGGCUCUCCUCCGAUGCCACAGUUUUGACACCGAAUACAGAAAGCAGCUGUGACUUAAUGACCAAAACAAAAUCAACCAGUGGGAACGAUGACAGCACAUCCUUGGAUCUAGAGUGGGAAGAUGAAGAAGGAAUGAGCCGCACGCUGCCUGUCAGAGAGCGCUCCAGGACCGAAGAGGACAUCCUCCGCGCCGCCCUGCGGCCCACGGGCAGGAGGGCCGGGAGCCAGGCCGCCUCCGCCUCCGACGACUCCAACGGGCUGGAGUGGGAGAGCGACUUCGUGGGGGCCGAUGUGGACGCCAACGGCAACUCCGAGUACUCCGCUGACGCUCAGGUGAGGGGCCGAGGCGAGUGUCAGGUUCAGGUGUUAGGGUGCUUCCAGGGAGGACCCGGACACACCUACACACUGAGCGAGCUGCAGGUGUGGAAGGCGGCCGCCACUCGCUCCCCGCAGACGGUGUGGGUUUCAAAGCCUGCUGCUGCUCCCGGGCAUGGGCGGACAGUGGUCGGGAGCCUGCGGGCUCUCAGUGCUCCUGGGACCAGUGGCGCUGCAUGUUCUCAGCACGGGUCAGUAGAAACAGUGACUUCUGUGCCGAAAGAAAAUCACGGCCCUGUUGGUAUUUGA